CGACAACACGGGUAAAGACGCCUGAUGGCGGAUGUUCGCGCCGAAAACACUUUAGCGACCGUACUUUAGCUGAUAUGUGUCUCUUCGAAGAUCGUGUGUAACGGUGUUGGUUGGGAGAGUAACAACCCGUCCCUCAAAGAUUGAGCCAGCUCAAAAUCGGCGGCAAUGAUCCUCCGCAACGCCAUCGCCGGGCGGAAGCGUACACGACAAAGUGAGGACGAUGGCACCGACCACUCGGGUCUAGACCCGGACGACUUCUUCUCAGAGUUAGACGACGGGCUCAACGAGUCGAACGAUAACUCUUCAGAAGUCGAGUUCGGCACCAGGUCCCGCGGCAAGCGACGUCGUGUAGGUGAAGGCGGCCGCGGGAGAGGACGCGGUCGCGGCGGUGGCAGGGGCCGUGGAGCAAGACGCAACGCAUCAGAAAGCAUAACAAGCGAAGACCCGGGCACCCUUUACGAUGUAGUCCGGCUUGGUCGCCACUCGCUAACUGCCGUUGUCGACGACUGGAUAGAGUCCUACAAGCAAGACAGAGAUGCCGCCCUUCUGGACCUGAUGACUUUCUUCUUCCACUGCUCCGGGUGCAAGGGCCGCAUCACACCUCAGAUGCAGGUCACCAUGGAGCAUAAUCAGAUCAUUAGAAAAAUGACCGAAGAGUUUGACGAGGAGAGCGGUGACUACCCGCUCAUUAUGACGGGCCCCCAGUGGAAGAAGUUCCGACAGACAUUCUGCGAGUUCGUGCAAAUUCUGGUGCGCCAGUGCCAGUACAGCAUCAUCUACGAUCAGUUCUUGAUGGACAACGUGAUCUCCAUACUCACCGGAUUGUCUGAUUCACAGGUUCGUGCUUUCCGGCACACGUCCACACUGGCUGCAAUGAAGUUGAUGACAGCGCUUGUUGAUGUUGCACUCAACUUGAGCAUCAGCUUAGACAACACCCAACGUCAAUACGAGGCCGAGCGGCAGAAGAACAAGGACAAGCGUGCAACCGAACGUCUUGAACUUCUCAUGACCAAGCGGCAGGACCUGGAGGAAAACAUGGAAGAAAUCAAGAACAUGCUGACCUACAUGUUCAAAAGUGUGUUUGUCCACCGCUACCGUGACACACUUCCCGAAGUUCGCUCCAUUUGCAUGCUGGAGAUUGGCCAGUGGAUGAAGCGGUUCCACCAGCACUUUCUUGACGACAGUUACCUCAAGUACCUGGGCUGGACCCUGCACGAUAAAGUUGGAGAUGUGCGACUGCGGUGCCUGCAAGCACUGCUUCCCCUGUAUUCAUCCGAAGAGCUAACAAGUAAAAUGGAGCUCUUUACCAACAAGUUCAAGGACCGCAUAGUUGCCAUGACUCUGGACAAGGAGUACGAAGUAGCUGUCCACGCUGUCAAGCUUGUCAUUAGCAUCCACAAGUUCCACAGGGAGAUCCUGACUGAUAAAGACUGUGAGCAUGUCUACGAACUUGUCUACAGCUCACACAGAGCUGUUGCUCAAGCUGCUGGAGAGUUCCUCAAUGAGAGGCUCUUCCAGCCUGAUGAAGCGGCGGUGCAAGGUCUGCGGACACGACGGGGCAAGAAACGUUCGGUGAACACACCACUGAUCCGCGACUUGGUGCAGUUUUUCAUCGAGAGUGAACUGCAUGAGCAUGGUGCCUACCUUGUGGACAGUCUGAUUGACAGCAACCCGAUGAUGAAAGACUGGGAAUGCAUGACCGACCUUCUGCUUGAAGAGCCGGGGCCAGACGAAGAGCAACUGGAUGAUCGACAAGAAACCUCCCUCAUUGAGAUUAUGGUCUGCUGCACCAAACAAGCUGCCACGGGUGAGCCUCCAGUGGGAAGAGGACCCAAUCGCAAGCAGAUGUCAAACAAGGAGAUGAAGCAGGUGGCCGAUGACCGUGUCAAGCUGACGGAGCACUUCAUACAGGCAUUGCCAAGCCUCCUCAGCAAGUACAUCGCAGACCAGGAAAAAAUUGCUAAUCUGAUGGUGCUGCCUCAGUAUUUUGAUCUGGAGAUCUACACAUCUAGCCGGCAAGAGAAGUCCCUCGACUCACUGCUGAAACUUAUACAAGAGAUUGUCGAGCGCCACGACAACACGGAAGUGCUUGAAACGUGUGCCAGAACCUACGAGGCUCUGUGCAGUGAAGAACUAGCUGUUCAUUCACGCUGUGCCGUGUCAAGGGGAACACUGAUCGAUUCUCUUGUGGGCCGAUACAAGCAGGCCCUCUCUGCUUAUGCAGAAGCGGGGGAAGAUGCCGAUGACGACGACAUCUAUGCGGUGCAGUCGGCACUCAAGAAAGUGUCAAUCUUCUAUGGUUGCCACAACUUGGGUCCCUGGACCAUCUGGGAAGGAAUCUUUGACUAUUGGGUGAAAGGCGCGGGAGAGAGAAGCUUGUCUCUGGAAGGUGUCAAGCAUGCAAUUUCAUGCUGUUCAUCGGGUAUCAUGUGGGACCUGGCAGUGCUGGAUGAAGGCAACAUUCAGAUGGCACACGUGCACGCCUUGAGAAACCGUCUCCGCGAGUUUAUGGACACCAUGGUGUAUAUGCUUCGGCAUUGCACCGGUGCACUGCAAGAAGAGGCUUUUGUGAGUAUCUGUGACCUGCUCAUGAUCUUCUGCCGGCAGCUGGGUGACAGUGAGCCUUUCAGUGCUCUAGUCUACGAACCUGACCGUGCCCUGCAGGCAAACCUUGGCGACUUCAUCCAGCACAAUGUUUUCGUGGAAGACGACUCAGCUGCCGAAGACGAGCAAGAUGAACACCGCAAGAUUGAAGAGCUACACAAGCGCCGCAACUUCCUGGCUUCCUUCUGCAAGCUCGUCGUGUACAACGUCAUCAGUGUGCGCCCAGCUGCAGACGUCUUCAAGCACUACGUUCGAUUCUACAAUGAUUACGGUGACAUCAUCAAAGCAACUCUGGGGAAAGCUCGUGAGAUCAAUAAGGUCAACUGUGCACGCACGAUGGUACAGUCGCUCACGUCCCUCUUCAGCGCACUGGAGCGAGACCAACUGGGAAACAUAUCCCGUCAAGACGAAAACUUUGUAGCCAUCAAGGAACUGGCCAAGCGGUUUGCCUUGUCCUUUGGCCUUGACCAGGUCAAGAACCGAGACUCGGUCGCAGCUCUUCAUCGUGAAGGCAUCAUUUUCGCAUGCACGCCGUUCGAGAACCCGCUCAACCCCCUGGGCCCACCGCCAAACCUUCCUUUCCUGGAGCUUCUGUGCGAGUUCACAAACAAGUUGAUGAAGCUGGACAAGAAGGUCGUACUUCAAUAUUUGGACAGACACGUCCAAGCCAAACUGCCUGCUUCGCGAGCUGAUGACUGGCAGCCGCUGCUCCUUUACCGCACCAGCCUCGUCCAUGGCGAAGCUGAGCAGCCUGUGGCGAGAGCACCAGGACGUCAAUACCGGGGAAGAAAGCGGCAGCGUGAAGAUGAUGACCACGCGGAAGAAGAGGAAAUAGACCAGGAUUCGGACAGGGGCUCAGAGUCAGAGUUUCGACCGUGAGCUGAACUUACCUUGUAAACUCUGAGUACCUUGUCCCAAUGUGUGUUGAUCAGAGCUCCCCCCACCUUUGACUUUGUACAAGUUCGUAUUAUUACUUUACCCCAUGCACAAAGUUCUGUAUAGUUAAAUCUGCUGAGUAUGGAAAUGCCUCUUAAUUGCCCGUUUUCGAUUGUACUGCCAGUAACUUUUCACACCUAUUUGUAGAAUGCAACAUUUCGCAUUUAUGCAUUCACAUCAGGGUUCUAUUAAAUUAUUGGUUCACUGUGAUUUCUGCAAAGCACAGUGAGGUGCUGCAAGUUAGUUUCCAACUUCUAUUUGUUGUUUUUUGUAUUAGACACCAACAUAUCCAUUUGCAAUAAAUUUGGUCAAACGCUAGUUCCAAGCAUUCCGAUAUACAAAAUGGAUGUCCAAAUGUAUCCUAUUGCUGGCCAUGGCUAUAAGAGGCUCUCAAAUCUGUCACUUCUUUAUUACCUGGCAUUCACUUUGUACACAAGGCAAUGUACAUAUUUUCUUUAUUAUAGUAUGUAUUCAUUUUAUUUCAGUGUUUCAUUUUUGAGCAUAAUAUAAUGCUAACAUGUAGCACCUGAAUACAUAGGCAUGGGUAAGGUUGUUCACUCUUUAUGAGAACAUCUCAUCAGUAUUCAGUGUGCUAUAACAUGUUUCGACUCCUUGACAGGAAGUAACGUUCCCAUGAUGGAAAAUGUUGAUUUGUCAGACUGACUUGCGGGCCCCUAUUCCAUAUUUAGGCACCUAUGAACACUUAGUGCUGUUCUCAUGUGGGCAGUGGAGAGCCCUUUCAGAGCAUAGUUAUUUAGCAAGGCAGAUGUGGAACAGCCUCAUAACCAUAUUUUUGGAACGCAGCAGUGCUUUGUUCGUGAAACAUGGAACGGGGGGCAUUGUGUACAUCGUAAGAGAGAGAGACAGCUCCGACCACGUAUUGCUGUUGAUAAGUACUACACAUCUGUGCUUGUCUACGGAAGCCUUGUUGAUGAACACUUUCUGAUAGAAAUAAGUGAGUUUUAGUACUUUUCUUUUUUCUUUUUUUUCGAAAGUCUGCCCUUAGGCAUAAUAAUUAUUGAGUACUUGACCGAGGCAGGUGGAAAAUUGCCAUUGUUACUAUUUGGUCUGGAAAGCAAAGAACCUGAGACACACGCUGUUCUUCUCAAACAUCUUUCUUUGUCAAUAAUGCAAACUUUGUCAUAGUUUUGUGAUUAGGGACUAGGCUUCCAUCAUUGCCUAGGAAAGAAUCAUCAAAUCACGGCACAACCUCAAAUUCCUUGGCAUUCAGACUCAAGAAGAAACUCUACACUACAUCGGUGACAAAUUUCCACCUUCAAGAUGCCUGUGUCCAACACUGUAACAUACUUAGGCUCACUGUUUCUACGUUGGUGCUUGUGAACUAGGCUUCCCUACAGAAACUGAAAAGUCUUAUACUUAUCAACGACACCUCUUCUUGGCAUUCUACCUUUUUCUCAUGGCAAGACCUUACUACAUGGCCACAUCAGGUGUCAGGCCAUCGAUUUCAUUUCAGAGGCAUUGUCAACAGUUUUCCUUUACUGGCAGCCCUGUUCAUGUCUAUGCACCUCACAUUUCUUCGCAGGUUUGUUGUCUGCAGUUUGCUUCAAUGUAACAGCUUGCUUGAAAUGCUAUCCCAGGGUUUAUUUUGUUUCUCUCUACCUUUCUUUGAAUAGGGCAACUCAUACAGUUAAGAUGUCUUUGUGAGAGCCCCUUAAUAUCUUGUAUACAGGUGUGCUGUGUUUGUAUUUAUGACUUGCAACAACAUUGCAAAUAAAACAUUCGGUUUGGUCAGUAAA